CGUUCUGCCUUGCACUUUUAUUAGGACCGCGAGCUGUAUACUAUGCCGCCUGCCCGGGAUGCUAUGGCUAAUCGCGGGGAUGAUGACGAGGUGUGCCCCGUCUGCAAAUCCUCGCGGUACCUGAACCCGGACAUGCAGUUCCUCAUCAAUCCAGAAUGUUAUCACAAGAUGUGCGAGUCGUGUGUAGACCGCAUUUUCUCCUCAGGCCCGGCCAACUGCCCCGUUGCGGGUUGCCACAAGACGUUGCGAAAGGCUCGGUUUCGGAAGCAGACGUUCGAGGAUAUCAAUGUGGAACGAGAGGUGGACAUCCGGCGCAGAGUAAUGCAGAUACUCAACCGCCGUGAAGAAGAAUUCGAUUCCAAACGUGCUUGGGACGACUUCCUUGAACAACGGGAAGAGAUAAUCGCAAACCUCGUACAUGGCACCGAUGUGGCAAAGACUGAAGGCGAUCUGCAACGAUAUGCUUCGGAAAACAUGCGCUCGAUCCGCGCCAAUCAAGCUCGCGAGGCGCAGGAAGCCUCGUCUUUCAAGGAGCAACAAACACAUGAGCAGGAACUGGCACGACUUCGCCGAGAAGCAGCUAAGCAAGAAUACGAAAACGAACGGCGGGAACUGCAGGCCUCUCGGGAGGAUGUCCUCACUCGGCUCGCAGCCGGACGACCCGGCGACGCUGCGGCUAUUGCACGCGAGGGCAAGAAGGUGUUGCUCAAGAAAUCAUCUGCUCGACGUAGUGAAGAGGAUCGGAUCCGACAGAAGCAGGCUGCUCUACGGAAUUCAGAUGCUAGAAAGGCUGGUCAGGCGGGAACCGCGGCCGAUAAAGCCGAUGCUGCCGGCGAUUCGGGCUUGAUCAAGGGACUCAAAAAGAUUGUGACUCCGGAACCCGAGAAGCCCUACGACCCAUUCGGUGGCAUCAUUCCCAACAAGAGGGACUACUAUACUUUACGCGACUACUACCCGUCGAGCUAUCUGGAUCCCCUCCGACAGGAUACUCGUAUGCAGGCAGGCGGGUAUGAUCUGCAAGAGUACUAUUCUCGCACAUUGAUGGAAGCAUUUGCCGGAUUGGGCUGUUUCAUCGAUGAGGAGGUGGCACAACGUGACCCUGCAGGUUCUCUUGGGGCUUCGGGAUCUGUCGCGACUCAAGGAGCUUCCUUGGCGGCAGUUUCUACUGCUGGCACUCUAGAUCCCAGCUGAAGGGGCUGUACGUCGCUUUCUAGGCCCGCUGAAUCUGGUUCAUGUUGUUUUUCUUUGUGCUUUUUCUUCAGGUGGAAAACAGCUUCACCUAAGGCCUGCGUUGGUGUAUAUAGUGCAUAGCGAUGGCGUUCUCGUAUGGAAUUUUGGGUGCCCUUCUGGAGUAUAGAAACAGAGGUCUCCGCAAUGGGAUAUGAUGGACCUAGGUGUACAAAAAAGGGAAAGCUAACACAAACCCAUAUGAAAUUGUUUAA